UGUUGAGCCUGAAGAACUUAAUGCUGACUGAGUGUUUGAAUUUCUCAAUCCGCAUUCCAUUUACAUGAAAUGAGAGAGAAGCUGGUUAGGCCUGGUUCUGCAAUUCGUUUCUGGAAAAAAACCCAGACUCUGCCCUGGGCAACCAACUGAAUCCUGAACUUAAGAACACAGGUCAGAUUUCUGAGAAAUUGGGGAACAUGAUAAGGAACUGGCUGAUUAUUUUAAUCCUUUUCCCCCUGAAGCUCAUAGAGAAAUGUGAGUCCACCGUCAGCCUCACUGUUCCUCCUGUUGUGAAGCUGGAGAACAACAGUUCAGCCAACGUUAACAUCACCCUCGGGCAACCAUUAAAUGCAACCUUGGUGAUCACAUUUGAAAUCACGUUUCGUUCGAAAAAUACCACUAUCCUUGAGCUCCCUGAUGAAGUUGUGGUGCCUCCUGGAGUGACAGAUUCCUCUUUUCAAGUGACGUCUCAAAAUGUUGGACAAGUUACUGUUUAUCUGCAUGGAAAUCAUUCCAACCAGACUAGCCCAAGGAUACGCUUCUUGGUGAUCCACAGCAGCAUCGUGAGCAUCAUAAACCAGGUGAUUGGCUGGAUCUACUUUGUGGCCUGGUCCAUCUCCUUCUACCCUCAGGUGAUCAUGAACUGGAGGCGGAAAAGUGUCAUUGGUCUGAGCUUUGAUUUCCUGGCCCUGAACCUGACAGGCUUUGUGGCCUACAGUGUGUUCAACAUCGGCCUGCUUUGGGUGCCCUAUAUCAAGGAGCAGUUUCUCCUCAAAUACCCCAAUGGAGUGAACCCUGUGGACAGUAACGAUGUCUUCUUCAGCCUGCACGCAGUCGUCCUCACGCUGAUUGUCAUCAUGCAAUGCUGCCUGUAUGAGCGAGGCAGCCAGCGCGUGUCAUGGCCUGCUGUCAGCUUCCUGGUGCUCUUGUGGCUCUUUGCAUUCGUCGCCAUGAUUGUAGCUGCGGCUGGGGCAACCACAUGGCUGCAGUUUCUCUUCUGCUUCUCCUACAUCAAGCUCGCAGUCACACUGGUCAAGUAUUUUCCACAGGCCUACAUGAACUUUUACUACAAAAGCACCGAGGGCUGGAGCAUUGGCAACGUGCUCCUGGAUUUCAUCGGGGGCAGCUUCAGCCUCCUCCAGAUGUUCCUCCAGUCCUACAACAACGACCAAUGGACACUGAUCUUCGGAGACCCCACCAAAUUCGGACUCGGCAUCUUCUCCAUCUUCUUUGACAUUGUCUUCUUUAUCCAGCACUUCUGCUUGUACAGAAAGAAACCAGGGCUUCAGGCCGCACAUACAGGUCCUGACAGCUGUCUCAGGCAGGACUGGGCACUGAGCUUGCAGCCAAAGGCUUCACCCCAAACAACCAGCGUUCUGGGAGCAGCUUGAUGGGCUGAUCCUGCAGCUGGAGAGCCAAAGCCACUUUGUUGCCACCACUGUGUUCCCAGAGACCAAGCAGCCAGGUGCUGUGGCCAGUGGACUCAGGUGCUGAUGCUGGUGGUGGAGAGGCUAGACUUUGGGGUCAGGCCUUGGGGUACUCUCUGCAGGGCCCUUUCCUGACACCCAUUCUAGGUAACUCAGCAUCCAUGACUACAACAGCAGCUGGCCCAGGCCAGAAUACUUCUGAGCCCUGAGGUGCCCACCACAAUGGCUCUGAACUGGACUCAUACCAGCACUCUCUGGAGCUUUGUCAACACAGAGUCAGACUAUCUAUCACACUAACACUUUUCAGAUAUUUUGGAGGGAUGUCUUGCAAGUGGCUGACUUUCUUCUGCCCUCUCCUACCUCCACCUUCCCAGUGUCAAAUGCCCCCCCGCCCCCAGCUCCCCAACUGCUCCUUACCCAGUAUCUGCAGUGCACCACACACACUCCACUCUUCCCACCAGUCUGUGCCUUAGAGGCCCGUAGACCUGCCAAAUGAUGAGAGCAGCUCCCCUGGAGAGCAGGCAGGUCCCUUUGUUCCCCUUUACCAGAAAGGCCCCUACCUAAGACUCAGCAAUUUUAUAGCUGUCUAGGAGCCUUGGAUAACUUGAGACACCUCACACGGUCCUUAUGGGUCCAAUCCUGACCUCAAACCUUCCUUCCCACUUUAUUUUUCCCAAUUUGUUCAUUCUUCCCAUGGCAGGAGGGGAGGGUCCCAGAAAGUGCCUUGUACAUGCCUCAAGUUUGGGGGUCCACUCUGGCUUUUCUACAAGACCAGUGUGAGGCCUGUAUUGCUAAUUAAACCUGACUUGUUUCCUUUCUGCACACU